CACUUCCUCAGGUUCUUUCGAAAAUAAAAAAAAGAAAGCACGCUUUGUGUCGCACUGAAAAAUCCAUAUAAAAAUUGCUCGUUUCUUAUCAUUUACACUGGAAAUAAUGAGAGUUUCAUCAGAUUGCAUUUCAAGAUGCAUUUCCUGUCGUGUGUUUUGAUGCUCAACUUCGUAAUAUCUGAUGAUACCCUGGGGUUUAUUGUUCGAGGUCCCUCUGGUCCUCUGGUUGUACCUCUGGGAGGCUCUGUUAUUUUGCCCUGUUAUGUUGAGACGCCUUUAGUAGCAGAACAAGUGAAAGUUGUGUGGAGAAGAACAGACUCAGAGACUCUGGUUCAUCUGUAUCAAGAUGGUGAGAGUCGACCAGAGGCCCAGCAGCAGGAUUAUCGUGAUAGAGCUCAUUUCUUUACUGAUCAGAUUCAACAUGGAAACUUCUCCCUCCGUCUGGACAAUCUGAUGCCUGAAGACAAAGGGGUUUACAGAUGUAAGGUUUACAGUCAGCAGGUUGCAGGCAAAACUUUAGUUGAAAUAAAAUAUGUUGAGCGUUUGCUAGUAUCAGGAUCAAGUUCCUGCAUAUCUGCGUCUGUGGGUGAGGACGUCACUCUGAACUGCUUUGUAGACUCUCACAUCACACCUGAACACAUUGAAGAGGUUUCAUGGAAGAAAACAGAUGAAGAUGAAGAUAUUCUAGUUCUUCUGUACCAAAACAAUCAGACUUUUCCAGAUUCAUCACAUGAGAGAUACAGAGACAGAGUCGAGUUCUUCACUGCAGAAAUCCCCAAAGGAAACUUCUCUCUCAGACUGAAGAGUGUCAGAACUGAGGAUAAAGGAGUUUACAUGUGUAAAGUGUUUUCUGGAGGACUUUCAGCCAAAGUAACUGUAGUUCUGGAGCAACUGGGUUUCUCUUGGCUACACAUAACUGUGUUGAUUCUCUGUAUUAUUGCACCUGUAUCUACACUUCUGCUUUGCUGGAUUGUUUAUUCCGGAUCAGAAAAUCAAGAAAUAAGGCUGUGUCUUCAAGUUUGUCUUUUCCUUUGCCCGUUUAUUACUAUGCUGUUGGCUUCAAUCAUCUGGCGUUUUAUUGAAGGUUCUCUGUAUGAGACCAUCUCUUGCUGUAUGGUUUUUAUUCUGGGGCCAUUGAAGUUGUUUUGGGUAACACCAUUAGCCUCAGAUUUAACAGCUAAAAUCCUGAAGUCUCUCAUGACUGCACAUGCUGAUCAUGCAGCAUUUAUGACAGUGAUGUCUUCAGUACUUUUAGCUGAACAUUUUGAAAACAUGAGCACAGUGAUCAGAACAGUCACCAUGGGUUUACUCAUCCUGAUUUGUCUCCUCUUCAUUAAACAAUUGGCUGAAGAGAAAUUGCUGUCAUGCUCUCAAGAGUUAAGCAGAAGGAUAUACAGGAAAAUGAGACUGUUUAUAGCUACUUGUAGCUUUUCAUGGCUGCCUUCAUUACAGCUUUCCCUUCUGCUUUACUUUCAUUUUGCCUCCAAAGCAGUGUUCAUCUUUGCGGCUCUUCCAAUACUUCACUGGGUGUCUAAUUUAUUUUGUAAUGGAACAAAAAGAGCAGAUAAACGCUAUCAACGUUAUCAAUGUAUAUUAAUAAGGUCAAUGAUGAUUAUGAUGACUGGAGAUAUGGUGUAUUGUUACAUUAUGCUCUUGAGAAAUAAAGAUGUUGACGCAGGAUCGGUCUGCGUUGCAGGAUUUGUUCAAGCCUUGUGGGUGCUUGCGUUUUCUGAAGUGCCAGUCUAUUAUGAGAAGCUCAGCAUGAGGAAAAUUGUCUUCCUGUAUGGAUCAGUUGGUCUUAUUUUAGUGAACUCGGCUGCACUGAUGACAGAACUGAUAAUGAAAGCAGUUUAUGGUGUAUAUCUGGUGGGAGAUUUGAGAAUCAUUGUCUUUCCAUCUGAGUGGCUCUUCACUGUUGCAUUGCUGAUUUUAUCCGUUUUUGCAUCCUGCAAAACUGUCAAAACAGAGUCCUUUCAGAUGCCGACAGAUUAUAACGGGACUCCUAGUACAAAGCACACCAGUGUAGAUAUGAACCAGACAACUGGAGAAUCCCAUGAAAUUGAAACUCUGAGAAAAGUAGCUGGGAACAGUGAGGAGCAUCAAGAAGAGGACAUUAACUUACAAUGAAUGAACUGCACUUUCUAAAAGAUCUGACAUGCUAUGAAACAUUCUGUCUGCAUAAUUAUUAGCAGCAGAGACUGGUGCACAUCAUCAUGGUUUGGGCUGGAGCAUUUUUUAUGUCUAAGAUGCUGUGCCAUUGAUGUUGUGAUAUGUCGUUUGUGGUUGCCAAACUAUAUUGAAUUAUACUUUGAUGUGAAAAAAUGUAUAUACUCUGAAACUUGUAUAUUUAAUGCAUUUAAAUAUUUACAUUUUACAUACAUACAACAAUAUAUAUUGGUAUUGCUGA